AUGGCGUCGAUGGGCGAGGGCCAGGGCGUGGAGCGGCGCCUGAUGGACGCCGUGCGGGGGGCCGGUCAGGGACACCUGGUGGAGGACUGGGGCGAGCUCUCCCUUGCGGAAAGGACGGAGCUGAGAGCGGAUCUGGAGGCCAUGGACGUUGACCACGCCAAAGCAAUUUUUGAAGCCAGCAUUUCAGGGUCAGAGCCCAGCAAGGGGCAAGUGGAGGCUGUCAAGGAUGUUCUCCAAAUCAAGGACUUGAAACCAGAGUUAAAAGCUACGUGGCGACAUCUAGGAUGCAAGGUCAUCUCUGAGGGCAAGAUGGCCAUCGUAUUGCUGGCAGGGGGGCAAGGCACUCGCCUUGGCAGCUCACAGCCCAAGGGCUGCUAUGAUGUGGGCUUGCCGUCCCACAAGUCUUUGUUUCAGAUUCAAGCUGAGAGAAUCCUGAAACUCCAAAGGCUUGCUGCAGAGGCAACGAGCGGCCCUGGUGCGGAAGUCACAAAGCCCCUGUUCUGGUACAUCAUGACAAGCUCAGCCACACAUGAUGACACAGUGGCUUUCUUUGCCAGGAAUGACUUCUUUGGGGUGAAACCGACCCAGGUCACAUUCUUUCAGCAGGGCACAUUGCCUUGCUUCACCGAGGAUGGCAAAAUCAUCAUGGAAACCAAGUCAAAGGUGGCAAAGAGCCCCAACGGGAAUGGCGGUGUGUACCUUGCCCUGUCGACGUCGGGUGCCCUUAGACACAUGAGAGAGCAUGGUGUGGAGUGCGUGGACUGCUACAGCGUGGACAACUUGCUGGUCCGCAUUGGUGACCCUGUGUUCAUCGGCUACUGCUGGGAGAAGGGCGCUGAGUGUGGCUCUCGUGUUGUGGCCAAGGCGCAUCCCAGAGAGAAGGUGGGCGUGUUCGCCCGUCGGAAUGGCGCUCUGGGGGUGGUGGAGUAUUCAGAGAUGGACGAAAGGGUGGCCACAUCGGUGGACCCAGCCACCGGCCAGCUAAACUUCAACUGGGGCAACAUCUGCAUGCAUUUCUUCACACUGCCUUUUCUGGAGAAGGCGUGGCAGAGCCUGGAGGACGGGGCGUUGUACCACGUCGCGAAGAAGACCAUCGCUGGCAAGGAUGGUCCGACGCAGGGAAUUAAGCUGGAGGCCUUCAUUUUCGACCCGUUCCCGUUGGCGUCCAAGCAAGCGCUGUUUGAAGUUGUCCGCGCGGAGCACUUUGCGCCUGUGAAGAACGCCAGAGGUUCACCGGCGGAUUCGCCUGACACGGCGCGAGCGUUGCUUCUAUCUCUCCACAAAAGGUGGGUCGAGUCAGCGGGCGGCACGGUUACGUGCUCACCAGGUGUCGAGGUGUCGCCUCUGCUGUCAUACAGUGGUGAGGGCUUGGAGGAAAUCUGCCAAGGAGAGCUGUUCGACUCCCUCGAAUGUCCCCUUCUUCAGGGUGGUGCACCAGGCGCGGAAGCAUGA